CUUUUAUUUUGUCAUGUCUUUAAAACACGAUGAAACAUCCACUUUAAUUGAAAAAUACAUCAACAGUUUAAAUAAAAAAGCGCCUAUUAAUAUUUCUUUUAUUACUCAACCCCUGACAAUAGCCAUUACAUCACGCAUCAGAUCACUAGAACAGAUUUAUGGAAAACUCAGCAUUUAUCGUUAUCUUAUGAAAAAGGGAGUUUAUCCAUUUUUAUUAUUCACUACCUUGACUGGCUCCAUUGGUUAUGGACUUCAACGUACCUACACUCGUUCAACAAAACUUGUAUUAAAUUUAUUAGGUGUACUUUACCCAACUUAUUGUUGUUGGCGUUUAGUAAAGAAUCAAAUAGGAGACCAACAAAUUGAAUCAUUGAAAGCAUGGUUAACUUAUUGGAUGAUCUUUGGGUUUUUUCAAGUGCUGGAUCACUGGACAACUUCUGAUCUUUUCAUGUUUUCAAAAAAGAAAUAUAAUCUUUAUAAAUUAUUAAUAUUAUAUUGGGCACAAAGUCCUCAUUCUAAGGGGGCAUUUUUACUUUAUCAACAUGUCAUACAAAAGCCAUUAGAAAAAGAAAAUUCAGGACAAGAACUAAUGACUGCUUAUUCUAUUAAAGGAGAAGAGAAAGAAAGAUUUCGUUAUUUAGAUGGAUAUAUGCCACCUGAUUUAUUAUCAAACCAUUUAGGCUCUUCUGUCAGUAGUAGUAGUAGUAAUAAUAAUAGUGAAUAUUCAAUUGAAUCACAACAACAACAACAAUAUCAUUAUUAUGAAGAAGAAGAAGAAGAACAGCCAUCUAUGUUACGUAAUAGUAUAGAAAAAGAGGUUUAUUCAUCCUUACUAAUGAGUACAACAGAAGAAGCCAGUUGGUAA